ACUCUCUGCCAGAGCGUUCAACGACACCGCUUUCAAAAAUCGACCGAGUAAAACACCGCGAGAUCGCGCGAAUUAACGGGGGAUCUCGUAUCUUGUCGGAUCGUCUGAAAAGUCGAAGAAAGUUGUUCGUCCUGAACGAUCGAUCGAUCUAAACGGAGGUCGCGGAGCAGCUGGGAAUGGGCCGCACUGUAAAAAGUCCAUCGAUCCUCCGUCCUGUGACACGCGAUCGAUGCGAACUCGAGAAUAACGUAAAGAUGUCGGGGAACAACACAACGGUGUACGCAGUUUCUCAUGGCGUAUGGAAAAACGAAAAAGUCCCUCCUUGCUGGAAGUCCCGUUGGAGGGAAAGAGGUCGCGCAUGCGUCCCUAUUCUAGCACCAGCGGUUAGGAGCCUCAGGGCGGAAAUGCACCACUGCAUGGGAGUGUCAGCAGGCGAUCGUCGCUGUGGCCAAAAUACGGCGAUGCAGGCCAGGAACGGGGUCUGCGACAAAAUCGAAAAUUACAUAUCCGAGCUCGGACAGUGGGCAGUAUGGAGAGCGAUAAUAAUGGGACAGUUCUUGUCCCUGGUGUUGUGUUUUAUGACGCUCGCAAAUCAUUUCAUCAACACUACGUUGGACUUCUCUCUUCCGACCGGACAGAAUCUUCCUCAUUACAUUAUGAUGUGCCUUGUAUACACAACCUGGAUGUCCUGCAGAAAAGUGGGAAACGGCCUAAUUUCAGUCAUAAGGGCCCGAGGAUGGAGGUACUUGUUGUUGGCACUCAUUGACGUCGAAGCAUGCACACUUGUAACAACCUCGCAUCGAUUCACCAGCUUAGCUAGCAUACAGUUGCUCGACUGUGUCGCCAUACCGGUCGCACUGGCACUUUCGUGCUUGGUAUUGGGAGUGAGGUACCGAAUGGUGCACAUCGUCGGCGUUUCCGUUUGUUUGAUGGGGGUGGGAUGCUUGGUCUGGGCAGGCAUCGAGGACAAUAAGGAUCCUGCGACUAUAGGAAAAAAUCAGCUCGUCGGGGACAUGCUGUGCCUCGCAGGUGCGGUACUGUUCUCGAUAACUACGGUGCUGCAGGAAUUAGCCGUCAAGACCGUCGAUAUCAUCGAGUAUCUAGGCAUGAUCGGUUUCUUCGGGACGAUACUGAGCUGUCUGCAGAUCGGCGUGCUGGAAAGUAUGAAGUUGGAGCAGUUUCACUGGCACGACGCGCCGCUGAUUAUAUGCCUAAUAAUUUACUGCAUCACGCAGUUCGUGUUCUUCUCUUUGGUGCCGGUUAUAUUGUUCGAGUCCGGCGCGACGGCGUUACAGCUAGCGUUGUUGACAGCGGACUCGUUCAGCGUUUUCGCCGGCAUGUUGAUCCAUGAAUACAAGUUUCACGCAUUGUAUUUCGUGUCGUACGCCCUCACAAUGAUUGGCAUAUACAUUUACGCAAUAAAGAGGACACCCAUGUCGUCGAACACCCGGAGACAGCACGUUGAACUCCCUGCUCCAGAUUACAGUGACGUCAUUUUAAGACACAUGUCUCAUCCCGACGUCGGUGAGGUGGAAAUGGCGACGAGUUCGGGAAUGUCUGGCGCAAGCGGUACCCUGGACGUAAGAGCGUCCACCCUUGAAAGCGAAAGGGAAACAAUGGAAGCGACGAGUUUGCCACCGAGCGUAAGCUCGGACACAGCCUUCACGUCAUUCUACGGAAGCUACUACGAUUCAGAGGCGUGUUCAAACUUUUACAAGAAAUUUGAAAACCGACGAUAGCCAUAACGGUGUCCCCGGUACGCGAUGUUACCCAAUUAACGACAAAUAGAUAUGUCUUCGUCGAUUAUGUUCGUAACACACGUUAACGCGUGCCCCGCCCGUCUCCCUUCGAUUAAUCAAAACGUUUUUCUAAGAAUGAAACCGUUUUAAUAUCCAUCAGUGAUACAAACGCGAUGCUCAUUGCUGAUUUGAAUAUUUAUCGAGAUAUAAGUAUUAUAUAUCCUUGUUGUUCAAGAUAGUUUGUAAAAUAUAAGAGUAAUACAAUCGAUUGUUACUCCAUUCAGAUACUAGAUUCAGAAACGAACGUUGACUAAUUUCUCGUUGUUAAGUAAUACAUGUAUAAAUCGUUGAUACUUAUUUGACUAUGAUUCUCUCGACUAGAUUUCGUUCGCCGAGUACAUUGCGCAGAACUUACAUUGUAUCGUCCAUAUCGUCCAUCAAAAGGUUAUUUCAUGCAUUGUGUAUAUUUUUUUGAAAUAAAGUAUUAAACGAA